AUGGAAGUUCGCUACAAACUUUUCAUGGGAACACUCAAAAAGGCAGCACUUGAUUGGUUUAGUGGUCUCCCUGACCGAUCAAUCACCGACUUUGACGUCUUCAGUAGACUCUUCAUGGCACAAUUCGCCGCCAACAAGAAGAAGCCACCGAUUACAUCGGACUUGUUCGAUCUCAAGCAGCAGCGGGAGGAGUCGCUGAAGGACUUUAUGCAAAGGUUCAAUGAGGUCGCAUUGAGGAUAGCAUCUUUGGACGAAAGGAUGGCUGUCAUCGCAUUCGAAAAGGGCCUGAGGUCUGGAGCUUUCGACAUUGCUCUGAAAAGAGCAAAUUGCCAGACGAUGUCGGAGGUGAGAGCCUUCGCACUGAGUCACAUUAAGACGGAGGAAGGACAGAUUAGCAAAAGAGCAGCGAAAAGCCGAGAAGCGGGGGGCAGAAAUAAGGAGGGAAAUAAGUAUCUCCGACCACGAUCAGACCGGAGCAAACGAUGUGACCGAUACAACUUGAAGGAGGGAAAUUACAGGCGACAGAUACUUCACGAUGUCAACAGCGCAUCACUGUUUGAGUUUCCAGCGGCGACGGAACGUCAAUUGGGACCCUUUAAAACUGAUUGGUGUCAGUUCCAUAGAGCUCAUGGACACCACACUGAAAAUUGUUUCGUCCUAGGGAGGCAGAUCGAGCGUUUGAUCAAGGAAGGGCUACUGAAAGAGUUUGCGGCAAGGAAACAGGAAGGAGGUUCAUCGGAUAGGCGACAUAGGCGCGCACAAGAUGAUACCAGGAGGGAUAGGUGUAGAGAGAGAACUCCUCCUAGAGACAUGCCAAUGAAGGUGUCAGAAACCCACCAGCAACCCAUCCACGAGGACUUCAAUACCAUCGCAGGGGGCUUCGCCGGCGGGGGAGCUACCUUUGCUGCCCGAAAGAGGUAUACUCGGUCGGUCCUGACAGCAUCAGAAUUCAGGCGACCAUUACAGCCUGAAAUUUCAUUCUCAGACUCGGAUUACGAAGGAGUAGCUCCUCACGAGGACGACCCCGUCGUCAUAUCGACAAUU